AUGGAGUGGCUGGCCUCGUUCUGGGAGGCGGGCCGUUCUCGCCGUUCCCUUCGGCAGACUGUGAUCCGAUUUACAGCGGGAGAGGGUUGCUUUUCCGUCCCAGCGGCUCGCGCUGCCACGGUGUCAGGCAAAGGACGACCAGAACGCCAGGGGCCCAGCUGCAGGGUGCAUGAUUUUCCGCUGAAUCUGGCGGAGCUGGCCCCCGCCCUGGUGAAAUAUAUCCACCAGACUGGGGCGGCGCGGCCUGGCUGCAAGAUGCUGCAAUGGGGAUCGACUCUUUUCUUGAUUGUUGUCUGCAUGCUUGAAUGUGGCUUCAACGAUUCGCGGAGGCUGGCCCACUCAGAAGAUCUUCAUGGAGAUCUCUUCGACUUUUUUCUAGCCAACGAGGGGAUAGAGUUGCUCGUGAACGGGCUGCUGGCGUACGAGACGCUGGAGCGCGUCCGAGUGCAGCUUUUUCAGACGCUGCCCCUGGGCUCGCAAUAUCUCGCAGUGCUUUGCAUGCCACGGCCCGCCACGGGCCGGAGGAUCCUGGAGGGCGGCGCCUACAACAAGCUGCUGCACGGCCAGCUUGGCGCUUACAGCUUCAGAAGGCCGGAGCUCCCAACGGAUGACAGUUUGGCUUUUUACGUGCACAUCAUUAAGCACCUGGCCAUGAGAGUGACGCCGGAGACAGCGGAGCGGCUGCUCAUGCCCGCUGCGCUUGGAAUGGCUGACGCCGAGGACCAGGUAAUGGUCCUGCCUGUUUUGAAGGAGGCUGCGAGGUUCAUCAUGCAUCCGGAGAACCUGGCCUCCACCAGCGCGCGGGUAGCUUGCCUCCGCAUCCUUCAGGUCAAAGACCCUCGCGUGCGAGCAGCUGCAGUGGAGGUCUUGGAAGACGACCUCCUGCCGCGCUUGGUCGAUGCGCUGCGCUCCAUCUGGGCGGCGGCCGCGGUGGCGGCCCGUGAGCAGGAUGCCUCUGCCUUCAAAUCUGCAACGAACUCCGAGGAGGACAUCCUGGAGUUCCUGGCGGAGUUGUUGGGCCUUGGGCUGCCGUGGGUUACCCAGGCCAUCGCCGACCAGAUCUUCGCCGGGCUGCUGCUGCCGCAGCUCCUCAUUCUGGCCGUGCGGCACCAGGAGGAGGUCCAGCCUCAGGCCGGUCCAUUCGUUGAGCGAUGCUGGGCAUAUCUGUUGAGCUGCCGCUUGAGCUGCGUCGGCGCAUGUGAAUUCGCGUGCGACGCGUGUGGCGAUUGGAGCUUUGUGGAGCGCUGCCAGUACGUCCGGCCAUGCAUGGCGGACUCGCCCAAGCCGCCGCCGGUCCUCCCCGUGCCGUCCCUUCUGCACUUGUACCAGGAUUUCGUGUCACCCUGGGCGAGCCCCAAGGCAUCACCGGUCCAUCAUGGCCAGGAGGAGAUGCCGGAAGAAGAGGACGUCCCGGAUGAUCUGGACGAAGCGCUGGCUCUCCGCAGCAUUGCAACCUGCUUAAAGCAGAUGCGUCUGGACAAAACGGUAGGCAUCAUGGUCCCCAUCAUCCAGUUGCUGCUGUGGCCAGUGGUUCCUGCGGUUUUGGGGCAGAGGAAGGCGUUCGGGACGGCCGCCUGGAAGGAGGUGUGCCAUAGCUUUGCGAAUCUCAGCGCAGGGCACAGCCUGGAGGAUUUGGCGCUCAAGACGUCGGAGGCAGCGAGCCCCGCGACGGAAAGGCAGAAGUGCUGGCAGCUUGCGCUGCGCGGCUCUGAAGGCCUUGAGCUGCCGGGCCAGGUCUUCGCCGCCCCGAACCCCUUCCUGCGGGCUCUGAAGGCAAUGCUGGGUGGGGACAUCUCCUCCUCGAUAGCCACAGGAGAAGUUUGCCCUCAGUUCGGCGAGGCCGUCGACGGAAGCUUGGUGCCCUCGGCCGGGAUGGCCUCCUGGAUCCUCCAGGAAUGCCGGGCGUCUCUGUACCCCACGUUGCUGGAGGAUGCCCGCCUCCUCCCUCCCUCGGAGGCGCCAAAGGCAGCGCCGCAGUCCUGGCCACAGGUGGACGAGGUGCCGAGCCAGCUGCCGACCGCAAAGCAAGGUGGUGGCGUGAGCAGCUUCUUCGAAGCUUUCCGCUCACUGCUGUGGGACGCGAAGUGCCUGUGA